AUGGCGUACCGUCUGACUGAGCGUUACACAGUAACGACUUCGCUCAAGACUGGUGGAACCUUCCACGUUCGACCGCUCAAACUCUGCUUCUCGCAUCCUCUGGACGUGCUUGGGAUACAUCGUGUAGCCAACAAUGACUCAACCAGCGCAAAGUCCUCGUUGCUGCUCUUGAUCACAUCGGCCAGCGACGAGACGAUCCUUGCGAAUCGCUUUGACAUCAAACGAAACUGCAUCUGUGUUUUUGUAGCAGUCGAGCAGAGUCGAAACAGACAGCACAGGCGAGAGAGAUGCAGACGUUUAUUUCGAGUACCUCCGGCGGGCAUUGAGCACAUCUUCCAGCCUCAAUUGAUGAUGAGCGAUCAUCAAUUGAGGCUGGAAGAUGUGCUCAACAUGGCCGCCCCGUCUGCCUCGGAGCCAUCCCCUCGUCCAUGCAUUUGA